AUGACGUGCAGACUCCAGUCUCUCGCGUCGUCCCCAGAGUACCUGAACUACGAGGACGGGAAGUUCUCCAAGAGCCGCGGCAUGGGGGUGUUUGGGGACAUGGCCCAGGACACAGGGAUCCCCGCCGACAUCUGGCGCUUCUACCUGCUCUUCCUGCGCCCCGAGGGGCAGGACAGCGCCUUCUCCUGGACCGACCUCAUGCUGAAGAACAACUCCGAGCUGCUCAACAACCUGGGCAACUUUGUCAACAGGGCCGGGAUGUUCGUCUGUAAGUUCUUCGGGGGGCGCGUCCCCCCCAUGGAGCUGGGCGCGGAUGACAAGCGGCUGCUGGCUCAUGUCACCCUGGAGCUGCGCCAGUACAACCAGCUGCUGGAGAAGGUCCGGAUCCGGGACGCCCUGCGCUGCAUCCUGAGCAUUUCUCGCUACGGCAACCAGUACAUCCAGGUGAAUGAGCCCUGGAAACGGAUCAAGGGUCACGACGCUGACAGGACUCGGGCGGGCACAGUGACGGGCGUGGCCGUCAAUAUCGCCUCCCUGAUCUCAGUCAUGCUGCAGCCGUACAUGCCCAGCAUCAGCGCCACCAUCCAGCGCCAGCUCUGUGUGCCGCAGGCCUGCAACGUGCUGACGGACACCUUCCUCUGCCUCCUGCCCCCUGGGCACCAGAUCGGCACGGUGACCCCCCUGUUUCAGAAGCUGGAGGGCGAGCAGAUUGAAGCCCUGCGGAAGCGGUUUGGUGGAGGGCAGCCUGAAGACUCCACCUUGGAGCUGAAGGCACAUGCUGCCCGCAUGGCCUCGGCCGAUAUGACACCCCCUGGGCCUGGGGGAGGCGCUGUGCUGGCAGGGGACCCCCAGAAGGUCAAGGAGCUGGCUGAGGAGGUGGCCAAACAGGCCGACCGCGUGCGCCAGCUGAAGGCCAGCAAGGCAGAGAAGGGGCAGAUCAACGCCGAGGUUGCCAAGCUGCUGGAGCUGAAGAAGCAGCUGGCGCUGGCCGAGGGGAAGACCCCCGAGCCCCCGGCCCCCAAGGGGAAGAAGAGGAAAUAGCUCCACUGGCAGCACUGGUUCUCCCCCUGCUGGGGGAUCUGCACCUGCUCCCUCCAGCCCCAGAAGAAAUACCUGUGAGCAGCCCAGGCUGCGGGGCCCAGCCCAGCAUCCCCUUUCGGGCCCCUCCUGCAGCAACUGCGCCGAGUGGAAGGAGCCCCUGACCCGCCUCCCACCGUUCCCAGCCCACACAAGGACCCGCAGAGACGCUCAGGCAGACAGGAUGUAAUGGGGGAAGCGCUGACCGCGCGGGGACAUACAAUAAAGGGUUUGCUAGA